AUGCCGCCCCUCCGGCGCAAGAACGGCCGCGAACCCGCCUGCGAAGCAUGCCGCCUGCGCAAACUCGCCUGCGACCACGAGCAGCCCUCCUGCCGACGGUGUCACCGACUGUCCCUGAAAUGCAUCUAUCUGGCGAACCCGCUGGCCAAAGUGCCCCGGAGCAUCCCUGCCCCGGCUUCCACCACCACCACCACCACAACCUCUCCAAUCCCAAUACAGGCGCCUCCUCCGAGCAACCCCAACCAAGAUCCAGCAGUGGUAAGCAGCAAAACGUGCUGUCCCGGCGCGGAAUCAACGACCCCCAUCGUCGAAAGCUCAGCAGAGUACCUCGGACCGACGAGCUUCACGUCCGUGUUCGUGGAACACCGCGAUCGAUUCGAGGUAGACGAUGCGUUGCGAACAUCCUCUUCCGCCGUCGGCACGACCACUCCCCCCACCUCCUCGUCCAACCCCCCAGCAGCCCCAACCCCAGAUGAACCCACCAUCCCGCCCCGAAUCAUCCACCUCGGCGUCCAGAUCCUCCAAAACAUCCCGGACCAAGAAACCUGCGACAGUCUGUUCGAGAAGCUCUCCCCGCUCAUGGACGCCUGUCUCCGACCUGCCUAUCGUCUCGGCUCGGAUCUCACUUGGUCGGAGUACCGGAGCCAACUAACCAGCUCCACAACCAGCUCCACCCCAUCCCCCCUGCAAACCAUGGCCCACCGCAUCUCCAUCGCAAGUCUAUCCCCCCUGCACCCCUCCGACAGCCCCCGCCGAUGGGUCGAGUCCUUCUCCGGCAAGCAAACGCGGUGGGAGUUCCUGGGCACCCUGUUCACGUACUGGUCUGCCGGGGCGGCGCUGAUGUCCCCCGGGGGGGAGAGCGAAGCGAGUAGGGCCUAUCGGGCUCGCCGGGGGGUGAAGGCGGGGAGUCGGGAUCUGAUGGUGCAUUUGAAGCGCUGUGCCGCGAUGUGUAUGGAGUUGUGUAGUCAGAUUGGGGCUGUCAAUGCCUUGUUUGUGCAUUUGGCGUAUAAGCAUAAUAUUUUGGAGAGUAUGGCGAGUGGGGAUAAGAGCCUCUCCUUCUGGCGCCAACACGGCGACGUCAUCGCCGUAACGACAUCCAUCGGACUACACCGCGAGAUGUCCUCCGAGUGGGACAAGGUAUCAUUCCAGCAUGAGAUCAAGAGACGGCUGUAUGCGUCGAUCUACAACUUCGAUAAAGUGAUCUCGACGUUCACGGGGAGGCCUCCGCUGCUGAAUCGGCGGUAUUCGACCACCCAGCUGCCGAGGGAGAUCAGCGACGAGGACAUCAUGUCCGAGGCGGGGCUGUCGGGGGCGCUGGCGCACCUUGAUGCGAAUGGCUGGGAUAGGAGCGCAGGGCGGACGCUGUAUCCGACGACGCUGCUCCGCGCACGUGCGAUGCUGGCGAAGAAUCGCGAGGCGAUCCUCGAGGUCCUGGAGACGUCGCAGGAUAGUAUUACCGAGUCGGCGGUGCAGGAAUGCUUCCAGCUCAAAGCCUCGGCGCACGAGAUGUUCGCGCAGUUCCCCGACGACCUGACCUUCAAAGACGAGUACAUCGACGACGCUGACGUCCCCGGCCCCGUGCUGUUCCUGCGGAUCCUCGUCCGGCUGGACUUCCUCCUCAGCAUGUUCAUCCUGGAACGACUGCUAACGCGCCACAAAGUCGUCACCGAGCAGACCCUCAUCCACGUGAGCCAGGAGAUGCUGGGCUUGACGCUGAUAUUCUGGAAACAUAAGGACCGCUUCGUCAACCAUCAUGACUUUUCCUGGCUGGCAAUGUCCUACGCCGCCCCCUGCAGCGGCAUCCUCUGCCUCGAGCUCCUCCGCCAAGCCUCCCACCCACAGUCCUACACGCUGGACCUCCCGCGGUCCGAAAUCAUCCAGAAUCUGAGUCUGCUGGUGGCGUUCCUCGACUGGCUGCGUCCGUGGGAGUCGGAUGGCGCGGUCCGGACGCAGAUCAAGGCGAUUCUGCAGCGAUCGCUGGACCGGAUCCUCAGCAUGCCUGCGUCGCUGUGCGGCCCCAUGCCGGCGUUCGAGGACAGGAGUGUCAGUAUGGGUAUUCCGGAUUUUGCGGGCGCGGAGUAUCCCCAUCUCGAGCUGCUGAAUACGUUUGGUUGGGUGGAUUGGGGUGCUGGGGUGUAGGAUCUAUCUAUAUCUAUUGCUUUGCUACCGCAGCUUGGCCAACUGGGGGUAUCCUGACCCACCCCUACCCCUCCCGGACAUGCUCUAUCUUUU